AUGUAUUCCGCAGCCCUGGUCGACGACGUCUGGUACCUCGUCAUUGCCAUCCUAAACGAGCAUGCACCUACACCCGCACAAACACCUGAAAAGAGCCAUGGACGACAUCCGCACUUCAACGACCUCCUUGCCCUAAGCAGCGCAAGCAAAGGCCUCCGAAACAUCCUCGCCCCACGCCUCUUCCGCACCCUUGACCUGCACAACAACAACAAAAGCGCCUCGUCUGUACUCGCAGUUUCGCAGGGAAGUGUAGCAAGACACGUCAAGGAGCUACGGUACACCAUAACCUGUGCACCAGACGAGACAUUCGAAACCCUCUACCCGCCAGCCCUAGACCACAUGCUCUCAAACCUAGCACAUUUUCCUAACCUCAAGAAAUCAAGCAUGAUAUUCCCCCAAGACCCCACAAACGCCCUCAUCUGGGACGAAAUCUGGGAAUCCGCUAACGACGCCUUCGUCGAUGACCCCGACGAAGCAGGCGACGAAGAAAAAGUCACGCCCUGGCGCGGUGUAAUGGCAUCCAGCUACCGCGCCCUUGCAUCGAACCACGACACGAAAACAGACCAGCCCCAUCCCAGCCCUACCUCCCGCUCUAACUUUCGCAAACUGGCAUUCUCACUCUCAAACCUCCCCCUCGUGACAAUCUCAGCCUUCUCCACCCCCUCCUUCCAAUCCUUCCUCUCCCAACUCAACUCCUUCGCCCUCUCCCUCCCACACCUCGACAACGGCGCCGGGUGGCACAUCAACACGCAAGAAAUCUACGCUGGUUUCACAGAGAACCUACCAUUCUGGUUCUUCGACCAUCUGGCCUCUGCUGAAUCUUUCUCGUUCGAUCCCCGCGAGACCGGGAUCCUGGGUGCUUGGCACGAUAGGUAUCGAUUCGACAUUGGGGUGUUUCAAGCGAGUAUGCCGAGAUUGCGGAGAUUGGAGCUUGGCAAUGUCGUUGUUUGCGAGGAACUGAGUGAGUUUUGUAUUAGGCAUAAAGAGACCCUGGAGUCGGUUACCCUGCGUGCGUGUCAUGCGGGGGUUGGGCCGUCCAUGAGCUGGGCCGAUCUGUUUACUGCGAUUGUGGCCGCCUCUCCGUCGCGUUUGAAGGAGUUUCGUGUGCUUUAUGGACCUGGGGAUGAGGGGGCGCUGGAAUUUAGGGAGGAGUGGCGCGGUGAGCCAUGGGUUGAGCAAGCGCUGGCCAAAAUGAAUAGGGAUCCUGAGGCACGAGUUUACGUUUAUGGGUCUCUGGAUGACAAGUACGGGUUCCGACGCGUGGGUUGGGAGAUGGUCUAUAGACGUUUUCUGAGCGGAGAAGACGAGAGGGCCUUUGCAGAGGUUAUGACAGUUAUCAAGCGGAAUCAGGGCGCUGAGUAG